CAGUCCCUAUGGGUACCGCUAGGGGGCCACAGGUGUUGGUUUGAGUGGGGACUACAAAGAGGAGCAGGGAGAAGUCAUCAGUGUGAUGCUUCCACAGUCAACAUGUCUCUCUACCGCAACCUGGCCUGGUUCCUCAAGGGAAUGACUCAGUUCACCAGAAAUGCUUUCCUGUCAGCCUCCAAGCGCUUUGUGGAGAAGGACCUGGAGGUGUCUUUGGCGGGACGCACCUUCAUGAUAACUGGAGCCAACAGCGGCAUCGGGAAAGCCACGGCCAUGGCUAUUGCUAAGAAAGGUGGAACCGUCCACAUGGUGUGUAGGAACAAGGACAAGGCUGAGGAAGCGAGGGCUGAACUUGUCAAGGAGACGGGAAAUAAAGAGAUCUACGUCCACAUCCUGGACAUGUCUGAGACCAAGAAGGUGUGGGAGUUUGCUGACGCCUUCAAGAGGAAGUACAAGGCUCUAAAUGUCCUGAUCAACAACGCAGGGUCUAUUAUGAGUCAGAGGGACGUGAACACGGAGGGCCUUGAAAAGAGCUUCGCCACCAAUGUCCUUGGGGUGUACAUUCUCAUCAAGGGUCUCAUUCCUUUGCUGGAGAAGAGCGCAGACCCCAGAGUGAUCACUGUGUCAUCCGGGGGGAUGCUGGUGCAGAAGCUCAGGAUAGGAAACCUGCAGUCGGAGCGAGGCCGCUAUGACGGCACCAUGGUCUACGCCCAACACAAGAGGCAGCAGGUGGUGAUGACAGAGCAGCUUGCAAAGAUUCACACAAACAUCCACUUCUCUGUCAUGCAUCCAGGCUGGGUGGACACUCCUGCUGUAGCCAACGCCAUGCCUGACUUCCAUCGCUCCAUGAAGGACAGCCUGCGGACCCCCGAGCAGGGCGCCGACACCGUGGUGUGGCUUGCUGUAUCCGAGGCUGCCGGCGUCAGCCCCAGUGGACGUUUUUAUCAGGACCGGACGAUGGUGGCCACCCACCUGCCGCUGGCUUGGACACACAGUUCCCCUCUGGAGGAGCAGAAGCUGAUAUCCGCUCUGGACGACUUGGCCAAGAUGUUCCAGCCGCACUGAAGCAGAAGCAGCACAUCUUCACCGCUCUAACCAGCAACACUGACCAAGCCAAUGGACCUGAUCCAAACAUUCUUAUCGCUUAUUAUCAUAUAGCACAUUCAUAAAGCCACAUGACAAGGACUAAAACUACAUUUAUGAUUUUCUUGGAGAGAGCAUUGCACACAUUUACGCUAUUUAACUGUGACUUUUUUGAACGUUGUCAAUCUGAUGGGAAUCAGAUUGGACCAAAAGUCACAAAGGCCCAGCUAUGAGUUCAACCUUCUUGUUGUGUAGCUAAAAAAUGUGUAACUAACAACUGUGUUUGUGUGUUUUUGUCACGUCGCAGUGUAGCGGGUGAAUUCCAGCAGGAAGUGCGGUGCUCUCACUACGGCAGGGAUGUCCAAACGGUUUCUGUCCAGAACACCGGUUAUGGAAAAAAACAAAAAAACAAUGACAUACUGUAUUUCCUUGAAUUGCCGCCGGGGCGCUAAUUAAUUUAAAACCUCUUCUCACUCCUGCGCUUACCAAAAGCAUGCGGUAAAAGUAAGCAUGCGCUAAUUAUUUUAAAACCUCUUUUCACUGUGGCACUUACCGAAGGUAUGCAGUAAAAAUUUGAGUGUGGUGUAAGCUUGGACCUUAAAUCCUACUGAAUAACACUUAAUCUUCUUCCAUUUUUGCAAUUUCACAUUACCGGUAUUGAAAUCAGCCUCCUCCAUUUUGAAAAUGAUGAUAGGGGAAGUGUCACUCGUGACGUCACGAGUUUGACCAGGCGGUAAUACUAAGCAUGCGCUAAUUAUUUUGGAAUUUGAGUUUGACCCGGCAGUAAUUCAAGGCAGGCGCAUACUAUACACCCUGCGGCAAUUCAAGGAAAUACGGAAUACAUGCUG